AUGGGGGUGCACGGCGUUAAAGCGGUGUUCUUCGACUUGGACAACACGCUGGUUGACACGGCGGCGGCCGGGCGGCGCGCCAUUGAGGAGGUGAUCAAUACUCUGCAGUCAAAGCACCAUUACGCGGAGGGACAAGCGCGUGUCAUUUGUGAUAAGGUCCAGGCCAAGCUUCUCAAGGAGUGUCACGAUCCCGCCAAGAUGUGCAUCACCGACCUGAGGAUUUCGCACUGGGAGGAGGCGAUCCAAGAGACGAUCGGGGGGGAGGCGAACCGAAACCUGGCCGCGGAGUGCUACUUCCUGUGGAAAACGACCCGGCUCCAGCACCUCACCCUGGCCGAGGACACGCGGGGCAUGCUCACCGAGCUGCGGAAAGGGGUCCGCUUGCUGCUCCUAACUAACGGUGACAAACAAACACAGAGGGAGAAAAUCGAAGCGUGUGCCUGUCAGCCCUACUUCGAUGCCAUCGUUGUGGGAGGAGAGCAGAAAGAAGAGAAACCUGCACCAUCCAUAUUUUAUUACUGUUGUGAUCUCCUGGGGGUGCAGCCCGCAGAGUGUGUUAUGGUUGGUGACUCUCUAGAUACAGAUAUUCAAGGAGGCCUGAAUGCUGGCUUAAAAGCAACUGUCUGGUUAAACAGAGCAAUGACUACCCCAGUAGAUACCUCCCCAGUACCUCAUUAUAUUAUUUCUUCUGUUCUGGAUCUUCCAGCAGUUUUACAGAAGAUGGGUCACAAAAUGAAUACUAAGUUAGGAUCUGACCAUAUGGCUAGUAGUAAUGAAUCACAUUGAUGGUUCCAACAUACAAUCAGAGACAUGCUGAGCUGUUCUGUGACUCAUGCUGUUUUAAAAAAUAUGACUGUAGGAUUUUGAGCUCCUUACAGGAGCAUGCUUUCUUAAAACAGCAGAUGGGUGAAUAAAAUCAUAGUUGUCAAUGAGAGCAGGAUAGAAAAAAAGAAUUAGAUUAAUUUCAAAAUGCAGUUACUUAGAAACAGCUGUGCCUGGAAAUUACUUUGACACUGUGGCUAAAGUCUGUCUGUCUCUGACCUAAGUAGCUGGUCUAUUGUUUUUAUAGUGGAAAAGAAAACGUGAAUGUUUUGAUCUUUCACAUGCUUCGCUGAUUUGUAGCAGAAGCUUCAGUUCAGACCUCGUUUGCAGUGUGUAAAAGGUGAGAAAGUAUAAUACAAUCUGGUAAAUCUUCACAGUUGAUCUGCAGUUUAGCUCAGGAACUGGAGUGAGUUUUGCUAAUUCUAAACCCGGCAUUCAUUGACAGCAUUUAUUAUGUAUCAGGCCAUUAGAAAAAAAUCCUACCUUUGAUCUUUUUUGAUCUUUUUUUCAAGUUUUUAGGUUUCAGAAUCUUUUUUUCAAGAUUUGCAGUGACUUUUAUGGAAUGUGUACCUCAUACCAAAACUACUUUAAAUGUACAUCAGAAACUGGCAGUUGUGUAGGGGACCAUUUGUCUGACAGACUUGAUGGAUACGUUUUUACUUGAUCUUUGUGCUUAUGCAGAUAUGCAGAUAGUUGUAAUUCAAAUGAUUUUUGUUGGAAUGUAAUUGAUAAAAUGGGUAUUUUCAAUGGACUUUUUACUGUAGUGUUAGACUCUUUAAAAGCUAAUAUUAUUCUGUCUGAUUUUACCAGUGAAUUUUCAUCAGACUUUUGGGAGAAACCAUUCUUGGUCUUGCUCAGGUGUAUGGUUACUCAGACUCAACUACAGGAUCAUUGGUUUUGUUUUGUUUUUUAUUGACUGUUUUAAUAGCACUGCUAUAAAAUCCCUCUAGUUCCUUCAUGUGUUUCAUGUGAUUUACUAUGGAAACAAUAGGAGCUAGCUAUUUGUAAAUGGUUUUCAUGACUCUCUUCCAGGAAAUCAGAAAAUUACAUCAUAUGUAUUAUAUUACUGUGUACAACUUUAUGAUGUGUAUGUGCUAUUUCCUGUGUCAUCUCCUCUGCUAAAUGCAAGAGGUGAGUCUAAAACACUAAAAUGUCUCUUUCUCAGAUCAUUAUCUUAAUAUUUUUUUUCUGCACUUCAUAUUAUUACU